CCGGUCAUCAAAUGAAACAUCAGCUCAAUUGGUGAGAAAAUCUGUGGUUGGGGGCAGCUAUCUCCAGUUUGGAAUGCCAACAGGGUCCGCGGGCACUUCCAGUUCAUCAGGUUCUAGACAGUCUACAAGUCAAAUGGCGGGCUCGCAAUUCAGCCCGCUGACUCCUCGCGAAAGGGAGAUGAGGGAGCUCCACCAGGUCGAAAGGAUCCGUGCACAAUUAGAGAAGGAACUGAAAGAAGCUACCGAUAGAGAAAGAGAGAUAAAGAGUAGAACAGCCAGGCUUGAAACGUUAGCGGCUGACAAGGCUGAGUUAGAGGGCAUGGAUGACUCUAGAAUGAAUGAGCCCAUGAAAGUGUUGAGGAACAACAUGCUGUCACUGCAUGCGCACGUAGACAGCAGGUUGGACUUCAUGCAGAGCACUUUGGACCAGAUCCUGGACAUUUUGACAAGGCCAGGAUUUAGGCCACCAGCACAAUCGCCAUUGCCGUUAUCGGCGAUGUCAGGCCCCUUUCCAGUUCAAGUUGGUACACAGCCUAGUGGUACGUCUGCAGCAGCCGCACAGACUGUUGCAUCUUCUUCUUCGGGUCCAGCGGUGAUUGCUACAUCACCACAACAACCUGUUCAACAAUCUGGACAGCCGCAAGGUCAAUGGUAUCCCAAGACCCCAAUGAAACCACCUCUUGCCUUCUCAGGCGAGAGAAAGGACAAGGAACUCAACACAUGGUUGAGGACCGUCCCGGUUUGGGUGAAGGCAAAGAGGACCUUGCCUGAGGACGAAGUGGUUACUACUGCAUCCUACCUUGAGGGUAAGGCAGCCAAGUGGUUAGAUGGUGUAGUUGUGAAGGCCGGAUACGGGCGACGCAUGGCGGACUGGGCUAAGACUUUGACAUUAGACCAGUUCAUGGAGAUGGUAGAAGCUCGAUGGCAUAACCCACAGGAGGCUCAAAGGGCCACUGAUGCCAUUAACAAACUCGACCAACGCAAGUUCAAGUCGGUUAGAGAGCUUACGACUACCGUCGAGAGCCUGGUCCUCGUUCCAGGCAUCAACUACAGUGACCAGUUCCUCUUAACUACGUUUGUUAGAUGUCUUCCUGAGAACAUGAGGAACUUGCUAGCCAGUGAGGCACGCGUAGAGUACCAUUCGUUUGAGACAUUGUCUAGGAAAGCCUUAGAUUUGGAGGCCACGCUAGGCAAUGCUCAACCCACCUCAGGGAAUGACUCAAAGAAGAAGAAGAGUCAUCAGGAGUGGAAGAAGAAGGGGGCGAAGUUGAUGAUGGAUGAGUCAGAUGGGACUCAAACUGAAAUCGAUGAGCUCUCUGACCUGAUGGACUACUCAGAGUAUGACGGCGAGGAGGUAGCUGAGGGACAGAGUGUUUCCAUGGAUUUCAUGGACACCCUGGUAACUAGCAAGAGUGGUAAAAGGCACAUCUUCGUCAUCAUAAACCGAUUCACCAAGUACGCUAGACUAGUUGCCAUGCCAGAAAGUGCGAGGACUGACCAUGUCAUCAAGUUGUUUAAGGACAACUGGGUGCGGGACUUUGGUUUACCAAAGACUAUCGUUAGUGAUAGAGAUGUCCGAUUCACAAGUGAGCUAUGGAAGAAGACUGCAGAACAAAUGGGCAGUCAGCUUCAAAUGACUUCAGGGAAUCAUCCCGAAGCCAACGGACAAGCCGAACAGAUGAAUAGAGUUGUGCAGCACUUGCUGAGGCAUUACAUCAAGCCCAUCCAAGAUGACUGGGAUGAGAAGUUGCCACUCAUCGCCAGUCUGUACAACAAUGCUGUGCACAGCAGCACCGGCGUGAGUCCUAACCAGCUACGCUUGGGAUGGAAGCCUAGAUCCGCGUUAGACUUCCUCCUACCUGAAAACCGACCUGCUGCAACCCCAGGCACAUUGGAGUAUGGUGUGCAUUAUGAGAAGUUGUUGCAAGAAGCUGUUGAGCACAUGAAGAAAGCUCAGCAAGCAAUGAUUGCUUCUGAGAAUCAACAUCGUAGAUAGUCCACAUUUCAGGUAGGGGAACGUGUCUGGGUCAAGGCUAGUGAGCUAGGGCAGGAAUUCGGAAUCUC